AUGCACACAGCAUGGCACCACUUGCACAACCGCGAGCUCCACCGUCAUGCUCAGACGUUGGGAGGGUGGAAGCCCAUCUGGGACCUCGACGAACCCCACAUCCAUGAUAUUAUUGUUGUGUUCGCUAUCUCCGACCACAAGCAAGAGGCGAAUGAGCAUCUGACGUGGGACAAGGUGGUGAAAGGCGAGACCCAGAUGGUGUCCGGGCUCCAGUACAAGUUGCUGGUGAUGACCAAAAAUGAGAUGGACGUAUCCGCUAGGUACGAGGCGGUGGUGUGGGAGAAGGAAUGGAUGAACUUCCGAAAGCUCGUCUCCUUCAAUCUAGUAAUCUAA